CUCGCGCGUUAGCAGUCAACCUGUAGAAGUUGAAAGGUAGGGUUGUAAGUCAACUGCUCCUUGGCAAAAAUCCUCGUCAUCAUGAAGUCUUUCGUCGAAAUACCUUCGGAUAGCCAUUUCCCCCUUCAGAAUUUGCCCUACGGAAUAUACUCAACUGCUGACAACGAGACCCCCCGCAUUGGAGUAGCAAUUGGGGACUUGAUCUUGGAUUUAUCAGUUAUUUCUCACUUGUUCUGUGGACCAGUCCUUGCUGGCCAUCAGCAUGUAUUCAAAGAGCCAACUCUUAAUGCUUUCAUGGGCCUAGGACUUGCUGCUUGGAAAGAGGCAAGAGCAACACUUCAGACACUACUAAGUGAAGAGAACCCCACCUUGAAGGAUGACUGUGCAUUGAGAGCAAAAGCAUUUGUCCCUCAAAAUGCAGCCCAGAUGCACCUCCCAGCCACCAUUGGAGACUAUACUGAUUUCUAUUCAUCUAUUGACCAUGCUACUAAUGUUGGGAUCAUGAUGCGUGGAAAGGAGAAUGCUUUAAUGCCCAACUGGAAAUAUCUUCCUGUUGGUUACCAUGGCCGAGCAUCUAGCGUUGUGGUAUCUGGCACCCCUGUCCGACGGCCCAAUGGCCAAACUAAGCCAAAGGAUGAUGAGCCCCCAACAUUUGGACCAUGCCGUCUUAUGGACUUUGAGCUUGAAAUGGCAUUCUUUGUUGGACCUGGAAAUAAGAUGGGAGACCCUAUCAAGGUCCAGGAUGCUCAGGAACACAUCUUUGGCAUGGUGCUCAUGAACGAUUGGAGUGCAAGAGACAUCCAGAAAUGGGAGUAUGUGCCUCUUGGACCUUUCUUGGCAAAGAACUUGGGCACCACCAUCUCUCCAUGGGUAGUUACCAUGCAAGCUCUUGAACCAUUUCUUGUUGAUAACUACUCCCAAGACCCUGAGCCCUUUCCUUACCUGAAACAUAAUGACAAAUUCACAUAUGAUAUUAAGCUGGAAGUUGGUAUCCGACCUGAAGGUAGUAAUCACCUAGGAACAGUCUGCCGUAGCAACUUUCGUUACAUGUAUUGGACAAUGAAACAGCAACUGGCUCAUCACACCGUCACAGGCUGUAAUGUCAGGCCUGGAGAUCUUAUGGCUUCAGGAACAAUUUCUGGAUCAAGUGAAGAUUCUUUUGGCUCAAUGCUGGAACUGUCAUGGAAAGGCAGCAAAACAAUUGACCUUGGCAAUGGAGUUACUCGGAAAUUCCUUCAAGAUGGGGAUGAAGUGGUCAUAUCAGGGUACUGUCAAGGGGAUAGUUACAAAGUUGGCUUUGGCAAUUGCACCGGCAAAGUGCUUCCUGCACAUCCUCUUUAGACUUUGGCUACAACUUGAAAUGGGAUUAGAAGGAUCAAUAGCUUGA